GAUUACCGAGAUCCCCAAGCCAACCCAUAUAAGCAAACAACUAGUUUUCAUUCCCGUAGGUAACAGUUUCAGCACAAAUGGAAAACAUUGUACAAUCUCUCUCCCUUGCAAAAUUUCCAAAUUCUCGAGCCUGCUCUGCUUCUCUCUUUAAUUCACCACUUAUAUUUCACGCCAAUGCCACUUCAGUAACUUUCACUUCAGUAACCCAUCGUUUGCCCAAUUGCUUUCUUUUACAGCUACCAUAUGGUGUUAGAUCCAAAGCAAAGGAAAAGCAGAACCUGGGAGCUAUACAUGCCUCAGAGGCUGCUACCCCUUUAACAAGUGCUGCAGAAAGAUGGCUUCUUGAACCAGUUGGAGAUGGUGAUACAAGGCAUAUAGGCUUCAAGGUUGAGAUGCCAGGUUCAUAUGAAAUUGCUUCAAGUGAGGUGACUGUAGGACGUGUUCCUGAGAAAGCUGAUCUGGUGAUCCCAGUUGCAACAGUGUCUGGUGUGCAUGCACGCAUUCAAAAGAAACAAGGGAAUCUUCUCGUCAUAGAUUUGGAUAGCACCAAUGGGACAUUCAUUGAUGAUAAGCGGUUGAGACCUGGAGUAGUUGCCACUGUAUCUUCUGGAAGUUGUAUUACAUUUGGAGACACCCAUUUGGCUAUGUUUCGUGUAUCAAAGAUUGAAGCUGUGAAGGCUGCAGACAAAGCCGGAGAAAGUGAAGGUGAACCAGACGCUGAUAACAAACCUGAUAAUACUGAAACAAGUUGAACUUCUAGUUGUAGUGUAUGCUUUGUUUUGUAUAGUCAAAAACAAAUGAAAUUUUCAGCAUGAUUAUUUAAAACCAUUCAUGUAGAAUUCAAACUCUGUUUCGCAAUGCGAUUUUGAUAUGAGAGUCUAUGCUUGAUAGCUGAUUUUCUACACUGUAGUCA